AUGAUGGCUUUCCCUCCACAAUCUCGUGUAUGUUUUACUCCUCCAAAAAGCUCUCACUUUGACAAUAUCAACAAAGGGGUUCAAGCAUUUCCCAGUACCUACAGAGUUCAUGACUCCCAACACAAGGCGUGGGUCCUGGCUGGAAAUUCUUUGACAGCGGUUCCUGCUAGCAACAAUGUCAAAUCUGUCAUUCUUAGCUUGAUAGCAUGUAGAGACAUGGAAUUCCAAGAUGAAAAGAAGGGUAAUCUAGUUUUCCUGGGAAUCAAAGGCAGAAGUCUCUGCCUCUUCUGUGCUGAGAUCGAGGGCAAACCGGCUUUGCAGCUUAAGGAUGUAGACAUCAUGGAUUUGUACAAUGAGAAAAAAGCACAGAAAGCCUUUCUCUUCUACCAUGGCAUAGAGGGAUCUACUUCUGUCUUUCAGUCAGUCUUGUAUCCUGGCUGGUUUAUAGCCACCUCUUCCACAGCAAGACAAACAAUCAUUCUUACACAGGAGAGGGGUGAAGCUAAUAACACUAACUUCUACUUAGAGUCUGAGAAUUAG